CUUCCUCUUCUCUCCACCUCUCUCUCUUCUCUCGCUCGGUCAAUCUCAUCUCUCUCUCUCUCUUCCGUUCGCAGUUUCUCUCUGUUUCCCAUCUCUGUUGCAUCAACAUUCGGUACAUCUCCACCUCAAAUCCUCCGCCUCUAACUCAUACACUCGUGUUUUCGUCGGAAACAGUGUCCCUCCACGAGGACGUUGACGAACGGUUCACAAGGAGGUGAAGAUGAUGACCAGAAAAGAUUCAAAGAGUUGCCGCGGGCGCCAUGUGAAAUGGGAUGAAGUGAAUAUUGGUCUAAUUGAAGCAAAUAAACCUGUGAGGCAGAAAAUUACUGAACCUAAGACGCCUUAUCAUCCCAUGAUUGAUGAUGAUGAUUCUCUUUCUCCCGUGCGGGACAGGUUUGCGUUGUGUGUUGGUGAUGCAAUGCAUGCCGAAGCCAUUCGAACGGCUCUGAAUGACGUGGCUUCCUCUAGUGGCAAGAGCAGCCAGCGAUCUAGUGGCUGGACGUCGUCUGAGGAUGAGGCAGAUGCCAUGGAUCAAGAUGAUGAAGACAAGGGCAGUUUGAGCUUCAAGGAGAGCUUCAAGGAACACAGAAGAGCUCACUAUGAUGAAUAUAGGAAAGUUAGAGAACUCCGAAGGAAUGGAUCGCUUUUAGUGGACGAAGACGAUGAAGACGAGGCUGAGAUGGAUACGGCAGCAGGAAGAUGUGAUUCGUCUUCGUCAUUAAGUGCUGGUGUGAGGGACAUAGAUAUUGAGAAGGAUAAAUCCAAUGGAGUUGGAGGUUGAUCUCAAGCAAGCAAAGGCAAAGAGAGCAAAAAAAAAACAUCCAACAACUGACUGUUUAGAGCCAUUUUGAUAAAAGAUAUGGUUUGGGUGCAAAAUCAGAAUCAAAAUCCUUAUUUUCUUUUAAUUUUAUUUUGUGUGUACUCUGUAUUUGUAAAUAACUUCAUUUCUUUGUCCAUCUCAAAUGUGGCAUGGCAAGAGUAUGAUAACACCUCGCUUAUUUUCCCUUUGGUGGUUUGAUUGGCCAUUUCUUCUGGCAGUUUGGGUUUUACUUUAUUGCCUUAAAUUGGAACAGACAUCAAUAAUUUUGAACUUGAAGCACAAAUUUACCUCCAGCAAUGUUUCCAUA